AUGCCGGUCUCCAUUUUUCCAGUGGAUUCGAGGCGCAGGAGGAAAUCCCUCCUGUUACCAUUAAAGACCGACUCGGAUGGGUCUGGAUCGAACCGUUCUAUGGCCAGCCCUGUCGCUACUAUCCCGAGUUCACCGGCCAGUUCUUCCUCCGUCAACGUCGAGGGGGACCACAAGCUGUUCUCCCUUUCCAACCUCACCCACAGGACAAAAAGGUCUCACAGCAGCCGGGACUCGUCCGUCUUCGAGUACAGCGUCACCGGCCCUGCCCCCGGCAACAUCCAGCAUCAGAACAGCACCAGUAGCAACGGCAGCGCCAACCACAACCCACGACCCUCGAGCUUCUCACAUCGGCGCAAACUGUCAAAGUCCCGGCCUGUCUCGGCCCCCUUCGAGGUGAUGAAUCGCCGAAGCUCAGGCUUCUCGGACGACUACAGUCGCAUGUCAGUCGCCGACACCCUGAGCACAUGCACAACAACUCCGGCCUCCAUCGAAUGGAAGACCCAAGAUGUCGAGGGCUUUUCCGCUCUCGAGACCGAUACCAAACUACUAACGACAAAGACACCUUACCUUGUCGUCACAACGGACUAUCUCGUCAAGGUUAAGAACCGCGCCGAUGUCUUCGCCCUGUUCCCUCAGCUCCAGAGCGAUGGCCAGCGACCAGCGAGCAUGGGCCCCCCGCCAGAACCUAUCCUCGUCAUCCCAACUACCUCGAUUGUGUCCGUAUUCGUGGCCGAGAGCACCAAGCCGUCUUUUGGUCUGGAAGUGUGGUGGAAGGCGCAAGCCGGGGUCUCCUUCCUUCAUACCACCUUCUACUUUGAUUUACCCACCGAUAGAGAUGAGCAGCUGUAUAAUAUCGUUCAGACCAUCCGAGGGCCCCAUAUCGAAGAGAAGGAUUUUGCGCGCCGCUCCGUCGAGGUAUCCGAGCUCAUCAGGACGAUUCAAGAGACCGAGGAGCCCAAGUUCAUCAACCACAAUCUGCAAAUAUUUCCCGUAGUACCACGAGGCAUCACCCGGAAGGAGUCUGGCUUCAAGCAAGAGGACGACCCCAAGAGGCCACAGGAAAGCCCAGCAUUCUACCUGGUCAUUGGACCCCACCUCUGUUAUUUCAUCGAGUUGCAGAGGGGCAAGAAUGGCGACCUAGUUUGCAAGCACAAGACUUUUGGUCUAGUAACUCUGGAACUCUUCAAGGCCGAUUGGACCAUCCACCAAGAGAGAUUCAACAUCACAUUCCGGGACCCAUUCCAAGCGCCAGUCACACUGGAACUUGCGAGUCGCUAUUACCGCCACAUCAUUCGUGACUUCUGUGCUGUCGACCGCUACUUGAAGCCUGCAUGGCCGCAAAUCUGGCAGAGUCGUGAGAUCUUCCACGUCACCGGACUUAAAGAGACACAUCUCGUUACCGCCGGCGAGGAUUUUGGAAGCGUCAAGAGGACCCUCGAUGCCUACCUCGCAGCCUACCGAUGCCCCGCGGUCGACUGGGAAAUCAACUGGAAGACCAAGUUCGCCCCCGAGUUUCGCCUACUGCCCGCCAAGGAUGGGAACAACUACUCACCACUCCAACUGUUGGCUGUCUUGCGCGCAUUGAGAUACAACGACUACUUCAACUCGCUAUCGUUUCGCGAUAUCGACCUUGGCGUGCUGUGGAGCGUUAGCGAUCACCAUGCGAGACGGGGAAAUGUUGCCUGGUUGAGCCGGACUUUGGUCGCUCUGGGAACCGACGAGAUCGAGGUCCUCAAGAUCAGCCCCGUACUGCACCAGGAGUUUCAUGCCCUUGCCUUUUGCUCCGAAAACAUUCGCCAGAUCGACUUUACCAAUGCAUCCAAGUCUUACCCCAACAAGGUCUCGACCAGCGGUCAAGAUACGCCCACCAUUCAGUUCCUCACGCCUAUUCUGGAGCUACUCAAGGCUGGCAUCACACGAUGCAAUCGCCUGAUUCUUGCCGGUAACCUUCUGCUUCAGCCCGAUCUCGCUGAGCUGGCUGAGGCGCUGAAGGCUGCCCCUAUUCAGGCUCUGGAUGUCUCCUACUGCGGCUUGGAUGACAUGAGUUUGCGAGACUUGAUCAUCACACCGCUUCUGGAUGGGCCUCGGAUGGUGCAGGUUCUGGAUCUGUCCGGUAACCCUGGGCGUGUGGCGUGCCAGACUGUUCCCGAUCUGCUAUACAGUCUUGGGGAUCUGAGGGAACUGAACCUUGCUGGCAGUCUUCGGGGCGAAAUGACUGGACCAUUGCUCCCCAUCGAAGCACUUGAGAAUCUUCCAGGCCUGGAACUACUUGAUAUCUCGAAUUAUGCGCUUAAUAUCCCUACUUUGCGGGAGAUUGAAGAGUGGUUGGCAUUGAGAGGUUCCAAGAUCGACAACCAGGUACCUGUGCGAUUCCGGAAAUUGGUGUUGAACCGAUGCGCCAUCACCGGAGCUAAAGCUGCCAAGCUGUUCAACGCCAUCGGUGUGAAUCACGGACUUUAUCUCUGUCUCAACGGUAACCCUGUCGAAGACGGAAUCGAUGCUUUGUGCGACGCCAUUCGUCAAUCGCAGACCCCGGCCGGAUUGAGCAUGGAGAUGAUCGAGUUCCGGGAAGAAAGUCACUACCUUUCGUUGAUCAGGGCACUCACCGAAACCAGAUACAUCACCUCGCUGAGCCUUCUCGGAACUGCGCCCUCAACCCCGUCUCAAGGCACCUGCAGUCGCGAAGCUAUCCGGGUAUUCGAGCGCUUCUUCGCCGAAAACAAGUCAAUCCGUUAUCUGGACAUUUCCGGCUUCAGCGGUAAGCUGGACGAUGGACAACUUGCCAAGGGCUUCGGUAGGUCUCUUAUCGGGUUGACGCGCAACAAGUACCUCACGUAUCUCAGGAUCCGGAAUCAGAACCUCCAUGAGGAUGCAGGCAUUUUGGGCAAGGUGAUCAGCGAAAACAGGCAGUUGAUGCUAUUUGACUGCCAGGACAACAAAUUCAACUGCACGAGCUUCCAGUUUUUGGUACAGAGCAUGCGGACGAACACCCAGAUCAUCGAGUUCCCGGUCGAGAGGAGGGAGAGGGACGCCAUUUGGAAGAACACGCUACAGGGCUUGAACCGAGGACCUUAUGGUCAGAUUUUAACCAGCACCACGGGAACCGGCACGGUACCGACCAAGGGCAAGAAGGGCAAGAAGCAUGAAAGCCACAAGUCUUUGUCGUUGGGCAAGAUGACGCAACAUCCCGCCGCCAACGGCAGCAGCAGCAACCUGAAGGAUCCACUGAAGGAGCAGGAGACCAUGCUCCGCACCGUGCUGUCGCGACUCUUCGAUGAACUCGACGGCUAUCUCAGACGGAACCGCCACGCGCUCGAGGAAGCUUCCGGACAAAUGCUCGAUUUUGAUGGUCUUGCUUCUGACGGCCAGGAGGAGGUCUGGCCCGGUUCGCCUGCAGCCGUGGACGUGGAGAAUCCUAUUGACGACACGGGUAGAAACGCAGUCGAUAUGUCCCCUACCGAACAAGGAUCAGGAGGCCAAGGAGGACUGGCACCAGACACCGCUGCGAUGCUCAAGGCACGUCGGGCAACCGUUCGCUCGUCCAUGAUCGCCUCCGGCAAAUACAACAUCGGCGCCUACCCAUCACCGCCCACCCUGCCGCCACCUCCGAUCCCAUCCUUCUCGCUCUUCCCCGACAUCAGCGAAACCACCCUCGAUCCCGUUACCGAAGUCGAUACCCCGAUGCUCGAGUUCCAGCGCGAACUAGAGCUGGCCGCCGACGCUGCCAUCAACGGUAGUGAUGGCGGAACCCCGAUCUUCGCGAACGAGAUUCGUCGCAACAGCGGCAUCUACGCCAACAGCACCGGAAACGGCAGCAGCGGAUACCUCAGCCAACACAGCGCGAGCAGCAGUCGCAGCGAGGGCAUCAGCCCCAUGACGAUGCCGGCCACGCCUAACCCGCCCACCACGGCGCCGCCGCCGAUUCCCAGGGUUCCGGUUUCCAGCAGACAUAGCUCAUUCACGCCAUCGCUUCCCGCAGUAUCCAGUAGGAACAGCUCGUUCCAGCCGCCGGCAUUGCCGACUAUGGUUCCCCCACCACCACCCAGGCCUACCUCCACCUCGGCGCUGGCGUCCGCUUCGGCACCAGCUGUCCUGGAGUCGACCACCGGUAGCAAGAGAAGCGGUACCAUCAUUGGUGGAGAGGAUGAUGAUUCCGAGCUUAUGAAGUUGAUCAGGGAUUUUGGGGCUACCGGCUUUGCUUGA